AUGGAAGAGAUCAAGGACUUCCUGCUCACAGCCUGGCGAAAGGACACCAAGUUUGUCAAGCUCGAGAAGAACAAGGAUAACGUGAAGUUCAAAGUGCGGUGCAGCAGAUACCUCUACACCCUGUUCAUCACCGACAUGGAGAAGGCUGCUGAGAAGCUGAAGCAGUCUCUGCCCCCAGGUCUGGUAGUGAAGGAGCUGAAAUGA